GACCAUGAAAAAUUUUGUCCAGAUUAUUUUUUGAGUUUGAGAAAAAGAUCUAUCUUGCUGUAAUCUCAUUUUAAUUCAAUUCCCUAGACAUUCCCACAGACAAGGUAGAGAGUAGAGAAAAAGGAAUAGCAAGGAUAUGAAUAAAGAUAUAUUGAUUUGCAUUAGGUAAGAAAGAACUAUAUUCCAUAAGAAUCAGAAAUAUCAACCACCAGAUGUUGAGGUGAUUACUUAUUGAUUUUUAUGCAGGGAAUAGAUUUGCUAUCUACCUACCAUAGUUCAUAAUAGGAAUUCAGUGACUUCAUAGGGAACAAGAAAAUAUAACAGAAUAAUGUCUGUACAUUAAGCUUGCAAAUAUAAAAUUACUGAUAUGGAAAGACUUAAAAGAAGUGGUAAGGAUUAUAGUGUAGAUGGAAAUGAUAAUAUUACACUAUUAUUGGAAUACCUUCACAAAUGUAUUGCCUGUUUGUCUUUUUGCAAGAUAUGUAAUAAAUACUGAACAUUAUAAAUGAGACUAAAUUUGCUCAUGACUCUUUUAUUUUUGUUCAAAUUACUAUAAAUAUGUCACAUUUUAAAACUUCGGUACUCCUGAAGUAUGCGCACCGAGAUGUCGCAUAACCUCCUGAACCCUAACCUGGUACACAACCUGAGUUCAGGUUGUGCGUCAUCUUGGUGCGCAUACUUCAGGAGGUCCAAAACUUCUUUAUAACUAAUGUUACUAGCUCCCUUGUAAUUUAAUGCAGUUUAUAUUCUAGUUUAUAACAUUUUCCAAGUGUUUCAAUCAUUAUUUAUUCGCUAGUAUACUCUAAUAAAAGUCGAUGUGAAGAGCAACUUGACAAUCUAAACACUGCAUUAUGUAAAUACCCCCAGGCUGUUAUUGCAAAAGUGCAGAAGAUUUAGUGUUUUUGUAAGCAGAAAGAUGGCAACUAGUUUACAGUUUAUUUUGAAUUGGAGGUGAAAAGUUUUAAACAUGGAAUACAGCCUGGCUAUAAAACUAGAAUAAGGUAUUGUUACUAACUUGGAAUAUCCUAUGUGAGAUGAUGACAGAAUUUUAUUAAACAAAUAAUCAAGCAAAAAAAAAUCUUCCAAAAGCUAAAACAGCUAUUUAAUAUUCGAAAAGAUAAUGUGAAAUUAUAAAAAUAAAAUUGCUUAGUGAGUUAGUUCAACAACAACCAAAUAUAUUACAGUAUGUUCAAACAGGAUUGGUGACUGUUUUUGCCUCAGGCUCUUCUUACAUGUAGCAUGUGGUUUAUAUACAUGAAAAUCAAAUGUCAUUUUCAUCAUAACUAUUAUGACUACAUGGAUUAUUGCCACUGAUUUUCUUCCAAAGUUUCUUGAAAAAACAGUCAGAUAAAUAGUUAGGAAUAACCAAAAAACAUAUUGAAUAGGUGACAACAAUAUUAAGGAACGCAGUUUGGGAAUUUCAAACGGUCAGUAUGUGAAGAUAUAGAAUAUUUAAUGAAUUGGAAAGGAAUUUAUCAAAGUUGAAGAAAUAGAAGAUAUUAUGGCAUCUUCAAGUACACUUCUGUCGCAAAUAAAUGAGGAUUUUCUCACAUGUCGAAUAUGUAUGGACUCCUAUAAGAAACCUAAAGUGCUCAACUGUCAGCACUCAUUCUGUCUCUCGUGCUUGGAAUCAUGCAAAACCACUGAGAAUGGCUCAUACAUGUCGUGCCCUGUUUGUCGACAACGUACAGUGCUGGGAAUGAAAGGUGUCAGUGGCCUCAAAGAUAAUUUUGUAUUUUCGAAUAUGGUUGAAAUGAUGGAAAAUUGGAAAAGAUCAAAAAGCCCAAGUCCAAGACGAAGCACAGAAUCAUUAGAAGAUGCUGAAAUUCUUUGUUCUACUUGUCCAGAAACAGAGCAAGCUAUGGCGACAUUUCAAUGUUUAGAUUGUUUGGAUAUGCUUUGUGCUGACUGUGGGGCGUUUCAUAGCCGGACCAAGCUGACAAAAGACCAUGAGGUUGUUCCGAUGCAAGAAAUUGAAAAUGGAUUACAUGAGGGGAGAUUAAGACUGGUCCAACUAAGCAGAUGUUCAAAUCAUGAAAUUCAAAUGAAGAACUAUUGCAAUGACUGUGAUGUACCAGUAUGCAGAGAUUGUAUUGUGGAAAUUCAUGCAGGUCAUCAUCUUGUACUUAUUGAAGAAGCAGGGAAAGAACUAAAGCAUAAGGUAGAAGAUAUGAAAACAGAUCUGGAGCAGGAUAUUCACAUCUUAGAAAGAUCAAUAGAAGAAAUUGAUAUUGCCAGAGAAAAAGAAGAAGAUAAAUUCAAAGAAAUACAAGACAGUAUCAAAAUCAAAGCCAAGACAUUCAUUGACGCAAUCAAAAAGAGAAGAGAUCAUCUCCUCGAGAAGGUUGAAGAAGUAGAAACAGAGAAUAUGGAGAAAAUGAACAACUGUAAAGAUGGCUUGGAAACUCAGUUGAAAUGCAUGGAAAACUGUGUCCAGUUUUCAAACCAUUUAUUGGAGAACAGCACUUCUUUUGAAGUCGUAACAAUGCAACGACAGAUUACAGAAACUGCGAAAGAACUCCAGACGAAGACGAAAGAAGUAUUGGAAAGAAAUGAUGAGACAAUCAAGUCUUGCACUGAUAUCAAAGUUAAUUUUGGGAGCCCAGAAGACAUAUGGGAGAUUUUUGGAAAUAUCGAAAUAGCAGGCAAUGAGGAAAUCAACAAGACGAAGAUAAAGAAUGUUUUAGAUGAUUCAACAAAGUCCAAUUCUGACAAAGAAACGAGUCCAAAAAUUCAACCAAAACCCACUCCAAGAAGACAUACAGGUAUUACAGCAGAUAUGAAAAAAGAACGAAGCAAAUUCACUUUGCCUAAACCCCCACAACCAACAACAAGAAGAUCAUCAAAUCAUUCAAUUCAAUCAAUGGAACUAGAUGUAGAUGAAUCUGCAAAUGAUUCUCCCAAACCAGCAAUUAGGCGUUCAUCUGAAGAAAUGAAACUUGAAAGACAAAGCAGUCUGAUCGUAGAAGUGCUACCCCAUACUCUAGGUAGACCGUCAAAAUCGAACUUGAAGCAAAGUCAAGAAAAAGCAAGAAGUGUUAUGAACUUGAGCACAGGUGAUGGAGGCUUAUCUCCAGCACGAGCUGCCCCAGUGCCACCACCAUUGUCUCCACUGCCUAAAAGGGUAGAGUCACUAAGAAAAAAGAAAGCACCAAAGCCACCACGUAAAAGUGGCAAGGUGCCACUGAUGCCACCACCAUUGCCACCUCCUCAAAACAAGAAGCCACUUCUGAAGACCAACUAUCUUACACCAAUUGAAGCAAAAAGAUUGGUGAAAUUCGGACGAAAAGGGAAAAUAAUAACAAAUGGCGAAUUUUCAGGACCACCAAGAUAUGCAAUUUUUAGUAAAGUUAAGAAGAAAAUUCUUGUACUUGAUGGCGAAAACCGACAUAUCCUAAUAUUCAGUGUAGAAGGCUUCUUUAAGAAAAGCUUCCGUGUAGUGAUACCUGACCAAGGUAAAAACAACAAUAAAUACAAAAUAGCACAAGCGAAACCAAUAGCAAUUGCAGAAGCCGGAACAAAUCACAUUCUGGUCUUAUUUAAAAAUUUUAUCACAAAUUGGAGUUGGGAUGGUGAGAUGGAAGAUAUCUGGGGGACAACAGAACUCAUCGAUGCAACUUCUAUUGCAAAUGACAGUCAAGGACGAAUAUUUGUCAGUGACCAAGAGAAACACAUGAUAUUUGUAUAUGAUCCCCAUACAAAACAUAAAGAGAUGCAAAUUGGAGGAUUUGGAGACAGAGAUGACUUGUUUAAAAGUCCAAGGAAUAUUUGCAUAAACCAAUUUGAUGACGUAAUUGUAUCAGAUCACCACAACCAUUGCAUUAAGGUGUUCAAUAAAGAUGGAAGCUUUUUAUACAAAUUUGGAGAGAGAGGAACUAAAGAUGGUGAAUUAAAAUAUCCUGAAGGUGUUGCAUGCUUCCAGUUGGAAGAUGGAAAAGAUGGGAUACUUGUUGCAGAUGAUGGAAAUUGUAGAGUGUCACUAUUCACUUCAGAAGGAAAGUUUUUGAGUCAAGUUUUAACAAAAGAUGAGGACAAGGGACUAAAAAGCCCACAAUGUGUUUCAGUGUCUUCCACUGGUGAAGAAAUGCUUAUAAGACAAACAAAUCUGUUACAAAUUCGGGUAUACAAAUUAAUCAAAGUUGAAAAAUGAUAUCAUACAAUAAUGCUCAAGACAUGCACCAGUAUUUAAAUUUGUCAAAAAUUUGAGCAGACUUCUUCAAAAUGAAAAGUUGGUUUAAAUAUAGUUUCAGUUUAAGUGUAUAGUAUGCUUUAAAACGGGGGUUCUCAACCUGGGGUUCGCGAACCCAUUUCCAGGGGUACUUUGAUGGCAGUUGAGAUUUCAUUUGUUGCUAUUUUUUAAUAUCCUUCACUACCAGAGAAAAAUGCGCGCCUAUUGAAACCCAACGCAGGUUUUCCCUGGUCUUGCGUUGUUGUGAUGCAACAAUGUGGAAUCCACGACUUUCCAGCCAAACUGUGAAAUCUCAAAAGACAAUGUACUGCAAGCAUUGCAGAAAGUGAUAUGCUAAUCGGAACUUAAGAGAUAUUUUAAGAUUUCAUUCGUUAGGCGGAGAACAAGGGCAAUAACAUCAACACACAGAAUUAAUUUGGUUACAGCAUUUGGUCAAUAAAUUGUUGUUGCAGCAAAUAGUUAGUCAGUAUAUCACAACUUUGUUUGGUGUCUGAUUACUGGGGGUUUGGGUUUCUUUUUUUCGUGACUCGGGGGUACUUAACAAGAAAAAGGUUGAGAACCCCUGCAUUGAAACAUGGAUGCUUUUCUGUGAAUCAAUGGUGUAAUACGAUUAUGAAUGUGAUAUUGUUUUUAUAUUUCUGUAACUUUGUUUUAAAGUUCCGCUUGCACUGUGUAUAAAUAUAGUAAUAAUUUAUCGAUUGAACUAGUAAAUAAAUAGAAUUCAACCACA